ACCGCGGGGGACCCGCCGCCCGCCCGCGAGCUGGUGCGGCCCUCGGUGACGGAGCUGUCCCAAGUGAGGACCAACAUCCUGUGCACCGUGCCCGGCUGCGGCAAGGUGCUGCCCAACAGCCCGGCUCUCAACAUGCACCUCAGCAAGGCCCACCGGCUCCAGGAUGGAAAGUUUAAUGCACCGAUAAGGAAGGGUUUGAAAACUCCACAGAAAUUCUACUGCUGUCCUAUUGAAGGCUGCCCCAGAGGACCAAACAGACCAUUUUCCCAAUUUUCUCUUGUAAAACAGCACUUUAUGAAGAUGCACGCUGAAAAGAAGCACAAAUGUGACAAAUGUAGUAACUCCUAUGGUACGGAAUGGUAUUUGAAGCGGCAUAUAGAGGACUGUGGCAAGACUUUCCGGUGUACUUGUGGGUGUCCCUAUGCCAGCAGACCAGCUUUACUGUCUCAUAUUUACAGAACGGGACAUGAAAUUCCUGCGGAACACAGGGAUCCUCCUAGUAAGAAAAGGAAAAUGGAAACCUCUGUACAUAAUCAGCAGUUGUCAGAGAAAGCAAAUAAAGCAUUCAUGGAUACACACAGUAAUAACCCUGGGACUCAGGAGCUGGAAUCAUCUGAAGUGAAACUAGUGGCAUCUUUUGAAGGUUCCUGCAAUUCUAACUUCACAAAGCAAGUGCACCCAAAAUGUACACCGAAGAUGCUUUUGCCAAAGCCCAGGGUGGCUUUGGUUAAACUUCCAGUGAUGCAGCUUGCUCACUUGCCUGUGUAUGUAUCUGCAGCAGAUUCUUCUGUCAAGCCUGUUGUAGUGGCUGUUGAUAAUCAAGGUUCAGUUGUAAGUACUGUUCAUUUAUUGCCUCAAUCUGUGGGAAUUCUGAUUCCAGCACUGGAGGCGGAAACACUUGUAUUUAAAGAUACUAUGCCAGUUUCAAAAGUGACAAACUCUGGUGAUAACGAAGCAGUAAGUACUGGUGUACAAGUUGACUUGGAUAAGGUUGCAUCAAAUAGCCCAGGACAAGAGCUGGGGAAUGUUUGUCACAAGAAUAAAAUUUCUUCAAUAAAUGUACAGACUGACUUAUCUUAUAUUUCUCCAAAUUUUGUACCAGCUGCAGCCUGGACUCCCGAUUCUUCUGUAUCUUCUUGUUCUCAGACAGAUCUGUCGUUUAGUUCACAGGUUUCAUUACCCAUCAGUGUACAGACACAGACAUUACUGCCUGCUUCCAAACUGACUUCGUCCAUAGCUGCUCAGACUGAUGAUUUUAGUCAGGCUUGUUUUCCAACGUGUGGCAUUUCUAGAGAGACUCAAACCAGUAGGACGCAGGAUUCUAUCGAUGGACGAGUGCAAAUGGACCAGGCUGUAAUGUGCAGUGACAUCUUUGAAAAUGUUCAUUCAUCAUAUAAUGGUUCUACUCAAAUUGAACUUCCAGAAAAUAACUUAAUGGCUACAAAUAUAGAUCAAACCUUGCUGCAGAGGAGUAAUUGCAAGAGCCUCAAUCAAGACACAGUGAAGUCUGAAUCUCUUAUUGGCUUCAGUAGCCAGGCUAAUAUUCUUCCACCUCAAAAUACGAUGGAUAAUCAAACUCAGACAAUGGACUUGCUAAGUGAUCUGGAAAAUAUCUUUUCAGGAAACAUGUCUGGCCAGACACUGGAUAAUCGUGGCCUUUUGUCUGAGACUAGUUCUAAUGCUGACACACAUCUGCCAUCUGGUUCAUCGCAGAGCACUGGAAUAGACUUUGACAUUGAAGAGUUCUUUUCAGCGUCCAAUAUCCAAACUCAGACUGAAGAGAGUGAGCUUGGUACCCUACCCUCCGAGCCAGUUUUGGAGUCACUAGAUAUUGAAACUCAAACUGAUUUCUUAUUCUCAGAUAGUGCCACUCAAUCAUACAGCUGCAGAGGAAAUUCUAACUUCUUAGGUUUGGAGAUGUUUGAUACACAGACGCAAACAGACUUGAAUUUCUUUUUGGACAGCAAUACCCAUCUGCCUUUAGGAAGUAUUCUGAAGCAGUCUAGUUUCUCCAUGAGCACUGACUCCUCAGAUACAGAAACCCAGACAGAAGUAUAUCCUGCCACUAAAAACGUACCCAACCAGAGCAUAGAAAGCAAAGUCCAGCUCAGUAGUGCUGAAACACAGACUAUGGAUAGCUGCUUUGAGAAUCUUGGGAAUUUAUUCCUUACCAGCAACGAGACACAGACAGCAAUGGAUGACUUUCUUCUGGCUGACUUAGCCUGGAAUACAAUGGAGUCCCAGUUCAGUUCAGUAGAGACACAGACCUGUGAAGAGCUGUGCUCCUUGUUUCAGAGCUCUGACAAGCCCAGUCAUUGAGUACUGUGUGACAGAACUGUUUCCUGUGGUUUGAAAUUAAGUUAUUGGGGUGGGAGAGAUGCAUCGACCAAGUAACCCAUUUCGCAUUGUUGAAUGUAGUUACUGUGUGCGGUUGGCCUAAAAGACUUUUCAUGCUGAAGUUUGACUCUGAUUUGAUUUUCAAGGCUCUGACUCUAUUGUAAGUAUUGGUCAGUAGUGACUUACUAUUUUGCUCAUUCUCUCCUCUGUGUCCUCCACUGCCAUUUGAGCUGCUAUAUGAAAAGUAACAUCAGGUUGUCCACAACCUUUCAGCACAAACUUUUAUCUGGAAGUGAUACUAAUACUACUUGUGCUUGCUCUUUGCAUUUCCUGCUUAAUUAAGUUACGCUGCCAUUGCUGGCUCUUGAUCUGGAUGUCUGUGUAAAUACUAUUCUAAAACUGAAUUAGUAGUUUAAUUAGUCUAAUUAGUGGUAGACUUGUGUGUUUCUUUUGUAUUUAAGAAGAAAGUCUGAGAUAUGCCACUGUCUUUUAACCACUGCUUCAGCAAGUCCAGUAUUUUGUCUCUGGGAAAGAUAGUGCUCCACUAACCUGCAGAGUCUGACAAAUUGCUGCGGUUGGUCAGGCUAUUUCCAAAUUCUUCAUGGUCCAUCAUGGUGUCAGAAAAAAAACCAAACACCUUCCUCCUGCAUUUAGUUUACUGUAAUUUCAAUCUUGCUGAGACUACAGCAUUCUGCUAAGAACUGGUCGGGAAAGGUGAAUUUGUUAGCUAUGCUAUCCAAUUUGUUUUAAACAAUUUCAAAAUAUCAGUGUCUUAGUUUUCUUCAGAUAGCUGAGGAUAAUCAUAAGUCACAGUUAUCUUUGCAGAAUUUAGUUUUGUGCUGUUUAAGAAGAAUACAGUUGUGUGUACAUUAAGUUCCAUGCUUGAAUUCUUCAGUGCAGCUUCUCUGGAAAGAAAAAAAGAUAAAUUUUACACCUGUGUUUGGUCAACUGAUGGCUGUAAUCCCCCACUGGCUGUUAGUGUGCGUGAGUGGGCAAAACUGAGCAGAUGUACUUGAAACUUUUGGCUUCUGGGAGAGCACUGACUGUUAGAAAAGUUAACUGUGUUCCAAGAAAACGUAGGACACACAUUCUAAGAAAAGCACAAAACAGCCUCAGAAAAAGAGAAAAAAAAUAGAGUUCUGUCUUACAUCAUGUCUUGUUGCCUUACAUGUUUGUUUGUAUGACAGUAAAUAGAGUUUCUUCUACUUUUUGGAGUUAGGCUUAUGUCCGUUUCCACUACCAUGGCUGUAUAUGCUUGUUUCUGCUUUGGGAAUGGAGGGAGUCCUCCUCUGGCUCUUAAAGGCAGCCUAAGAGAUCUUGCUAGUUUAAAGUACUAAUGCUCCAGAAUCUAGCUAUGUGAAACUGUUUGUGUCUGGAAACUUCUCCCUUCCAAAGGAUGUGAAAUCUUAAGGAAAAAGAUGUGUGCAGCUAUUUAACUUUAAAAGCUGUAAAAAACUCCAGUUUUAAACAGUUCAGGGUCUGUAACUUAAUGCAUGUAACUAACAAUCCUUUCCAUGUUUUAUUUCAAGACUCACUUUCACAUCUUUUCUCAAUUGAAAGAAAGCAAAAGGUUAAAUUUCCUUGUUAGCCAUAUACCUUGAGAGUGCAGAGGCAACAGAACAAAGGAAGGUGACUGCCUUCCACUGUUUUAAGUCUUUACUGUGGUAGCACACCUUCACGUGCAGAGACAGAUGCAAACUGAUCUUUCUGUGUGGCUGGGUAAGAGAUGUAGGCAUUGGCAGGGUUGGGAUCUUAGGGUCUUCAGGGCUUUUUGGUUUGAUUUUGACUUUUUUUUUUAAUAACCUUUCAAAUGUGGGAUAAGUAAGAUCAAUAGAACCAUACUGAAUCAAUGUAAGGUGCUAAAUUUGCAAAAUGUUACUGAAAUGACAACUCAGAGGUGAACCAAACUUACUUGCCUUUAUUAUCAGUUUGCACAGCUUCCUUUUGGCUACUUUUGACAUUUUUCUUUCUUUCUUUUUUUACCAUCAUCUCAAUGUACAAUUUACAGUUCCAAAUACAUUCACACCAAAAUAUUUCUAAUGUUGUGAGCUUUUUCAUUCCUCUUUGGUUGAAGGUGCUGCUAUGCUUGUGUUCAAAAUAGAUCUACUGUGAACAGACCUCCGUAACAAUUCCGCUUGAACACUAUGAGGAUAGGGUUGUUGAACAGCAAGCUGCUUCAAUGCAUGGUGCAAACGUGCAUCUUCUGUUCCUUUUGUUGUGGUGGGUCUUGAUUUGAUUUGUUGUUUCUUUCUGUGGUUCACGUGAAUCAAAAUGGGUGCUAAAAGGAUUUACUGGUUAGAGCAUGACUGCAUUUUCUUGUUUAAAGUGCCAUUGCUGUGCAGUGAACAGCAUCAAGGAACUACAUUGUUCAGUUCUGCGUUGCCAUGCAGUCAGGUUGAUGUUUGUCUUCAUGUGUGUGACUCUUCCUCUUUACUGAAAACGUCAUCAGACAGCCUGAAACAGUGCAAAUCUCUGACUGAGCUGCAGAUCUCUAGUUAAAAGAAGUCCUUCACUUCUGACUCUUUCUCAUGUGCUGGUUUUUCAGGAGUAUCUUCAGUGUAACUAGCAGUGGAAUAUGAUGGGUGGCUUGUGAUGAAGUAAGCCCUGCUGUAGCCAUUUCACAGUGAGGAAUGCUUUACAUGCAUGCUUCAGGCACUUGCAGAGCUAGAUUGACAGUACUCUAUUUUACAGAUAUUUGCAAGUGCAUUUAUGGUAAAAAUAAAGCUAGGUAUGAAAGUAGCCAUAUUUUUUCAACUUACAGAAUUCAAAACCUGAUAUUGAUCUAGUUUAAACUUGUAACUAUUUAGAAUGAUGAGUAAUGCAUCUCAUGGUUGAGCCUUUCCCAAAGCAUGUGUGAGUUAAUAAAGCUGAGCAAUGUCCUGAAAAUACUCUCAUCACUGGUGGGAUCUAGCAGGCAAAUCUGGUUUUCAAAGGUUGUUCAUGUUUGAUUCUUGCUAUGUAAGCCAAUAAACUUGCAAUAAGCAGAGAAAAGCAAGUAUUUGUUUCUGAUACCUGUUUUACAGUCCCAAAGAAGGAAUGUUGUCCUAACAAUUGUGAAACAUUUAAGUAUAUCAAUGCAUGCAGCAAAAAAACAAAAAACAAAAAAAACUCUGCCAAAAUACUGAUUCGUAUUUCCUUAUGUUGGAAACUGAACUGUUACACAGAGCUACUAGUAAGUUAUUCACACAAGUAUUGAAACCUUGUGUUCACAGGUGAAGCACUUAUUUAGUCCUGUAAAUUAUACAUAUUUUGGAAUAAAGUGAAUUUCAAUCAAUUUUUGCCUUUUGUUUUCUGCUGUGAUCUUCUGUAGAGGCACGAGUAGGGCAUGCAGUGCCUGUUAGUAAGUACCACCCAUUGCUCUGCAACAUCUUAUCUUUGGAAAGCCAGCUCUCUUUUGAAUUGGUAGUUUUUGUGACUUACAGCAAUCUUACAAUGUCAGUCCUUCAUCUCCAGAGGCAGGAAAAAUUUAAGUUUUCCUGUGUUUUUCUACUUCUCAAUGAAUCCUGGGCACUUAAAACAUACAACACAAAUGUAAUCAGAAGAUGCUGCAUUUUUAUGAAUCUGAAACAACCAUCAGGGAGGUUCUUUCCUUUAAGUGAGCCUUUGCUUAGAGGUUUUGUGCCAAACUGGGUGUAUGUAGCUUGGGCUGGAUUCUUUUGACCAGCAGCAUUUGGGCUGGAGGAGUGGUGCUCCAUCUCCUUAAUGUGUGCAAAAUUCAAUCUGCCUUUAAUCAUCUUGUACACACGAGGAGCACCUCUGCAGCAGUUUCUGCUCCCUGGUAAGUCUUUUUUUCCACAAGAGGCUCUUGGGCCAGGAGGAUUACUUGGUGUUUUUCAGCACUCUUACCUAAACCUGUAAUUUUCAAGAGUCCUAAGCAGAAAUUAACUAUGUUCUGAUGAUUAGCUUUCAGAAUAUCCUACAAUAAAAUUACAGUCCUUUUUAUUAGCUUAUACUAUUUUGCUAUAUAUUUUAAUGCAUAGAGUAACUUUUAAUACCAUUAAAAUUUAAAAAGCUAGACUAGAUUGAGUAGGAGCGUGGAUGAUAGUUGUCCCUUUCCCCUCCUGGAUAAGCCCUGUGCUUAGUAAUAAUGAUCCAAACCUUUUCUGUUAUUUGGAAAAUACAGAAUGCUGAUUUCUGCUCUUAUAUAUCUUGUCAACUCGCAUAUUAGUUCAGAGAAGAUGAAUGAGCACACACUCUGUGAUGGAAAGCUCAGCUGUACUAUUACAGUGGCUGCAGUCACUACUGAAACACUCUGUGGUGUUCCAUGCUGCUGCUUUCAGUGCUAUUACAUGCUGAGGUCACUAUUUGCACAAUGCAGCUUUCAGUUGUAGUGGUAGCAAAGGAUGGAAGGUAUUUCCUGCAGGCUGGAUGCAUUUCUCUUUAGAGCAUUUAAAGUUAUCUUUGAAAGAAUCAGAUGCAUAAGGUACUGACUGUCCUUGCUGAAGUUACAGGCUAUUCCUGUUGCAGGAAUGAGACACUGGUGAGUUUGGUGGUGUUAUUUCAGGCUUAUUAUUCAGUCGGAGCAGAUCUGCCCUACAGACAGCAGUCAGACACUUCAAACAGACCAUUCUUGUGAAGCUUUCAAAGCUGUCGAGAUGGUCUGGAAGGCAGGACAGACUCUGAAGCUUGAAAGGAAGAUUAUGGCUGUUUAGAAAUCAGGGAAGCUCCACCCGUUUUUAAAAUGCUUUCUUGUUUGGUGUUGAUGAGAAUUUACUGUUAUUCCUUCCAUUGGUGGUGAAAGCACUGCUGAUCAGUUUGCAUGUAGAUUCUGAGUUUCCUUUGCCUCAAGAAAUUGUAUCUGCGCAAGCUGACUGCAUUCCAUCAAAACAAUUGAAGGGAGAGGCAAGUUUUCUUUCUGGCUCCAGGAUUUGAUAUGUCCUGUGGAAUUGGUCCUUGAGAGGUUUGGACAUAAAAAUAAAGUGUUGAUUUAACUUUCA